GCUCAUCCUCACCUUUUCUCCCCUGGACUUCUUGUGUCAUCAUCCUCAUCCCUCUAUCCUAUAUAUAAAGGCUUCUACUAUAAUAACUCCCUAUAUAAAACAUUGUCACACACCACAUGCAUCAACCACUGUGUUUUCCUUAAGCCCACAUAGAGAGCUUUGCUUUCUUUUGUGUGUGUGUGAGAGAGAGAGAGAUAUCUAUAACAAUAUAUAGAGGGAGUGAGAGAGUGGUGAUGAAGCCUGCAUGGUUGGAAGGGUUGAUAGGGGAGAGCUUCUUUGGGAUAUGUAGGUUUCAUGAGAAUAAAAGAAAGAAUGAAAAAAACAUAUUUUGCUUGGAUUGUUGUCAAAGCUUCUGCCCUCACUGUCUUCCUACUCAUCACUCUCAUCCACUUCUUCAGGUGAGAAGAUAUGUUUACCAGGAUGUUGUUAGAUUAGAUGAUCUCGAAAAGCUCAUUGACUGUUCUUUUGUUCAGCCUUACACAAUAAACAGUGCAAAAGUCAUAUUCUUGAACCAGAGGGCACAAAGCAGGUCUUGCAAGGGCCCUGCAAAUUCAUGCUUCACUUGUGACAGAAUUCUACAAGAGCCAUUUCACUUCUGCUCACUUUCUUGCAAGGUUGAUCACAUGGUGUAUCAAGGGGAGGAUUUGUCUGGCAUCUUGUGUAGGUUUGAUGUGACUGACUUUGCCUUCUCACAAUUGGAAGGACUUAGGAUGGACGUUUCGGAGUUCGGUGAUGACUACGGCCAGAUCACCCCCGACUCCAUCCUUGUAGACUUUAAAGACUCGUCGGGAUCUGAUAAUGGGAUUAUAUAUAAACCGGAUGUCGAGAAAAAGAAGAAGAAGAAAAACAAUGACUUCAUUCCUAAAUUCUUUUCCUUUGGUAGCAGAAGAAAAGGAGCCCCCCAACGGUCACCUCUUUCUUAAAACCAUUUGCAUGUUUGAUUAAUUAUUAUUACUCUUAAGUACUAUAAUUAGGUCUCUUAUUAUUAAUGUCUCACAAUAAGGUAAUGUUGUUUAUGACUCCCGGUUUACGGAUGAUGUCACUAUGUCGAUAGGAAUGCGGUACGUAGCAAUUCCGUUGCAAACCAUAGGUAGAUGUCUGGGAUUGUAACUCUCUAGAGGCAGGUCUCGACUCAACUCAACUCUACCAGUUUUGCAUUGGUGUAAUGGAAUAUGCACAUGAAAAUAUAUAAGAAUAUGUUGCUAAAUAUUGAGUUCAAGUA